ACUUGUUGGCUUGUUCCCGCUCGAGUCUGUUUUGACAGAGUAUCUCCUUGCUGGACCUUGUGACCGAUUUUCCCCUCACCGCCCACCCCAGCUUACUUACCCACCUACUCUCUUGUUUUCGUGUUGAAGAGCGAUGAGCAGCUUGAGAGCAUUGUGUGCAGGUCUCCCUCUGGACCCUUUGCCCCCCAACAGAGGGAGGGAUAGAGGAGUGCCCCACGCACCUAUCAGGACCCCAAACCUCAGCCCGCACGAGGAGAAGGUGGCUUUGAGAAAUGCCUUGCGUUACUUCCCUCCAGAGGCUCACGCCACUCUUGCGUCCGAGUUUGUUGAGGAGCUGAGAUCAUACGGCCACAUCUACAUGUACAGGUUCUGUCCACAGAUCAGCAUGAGGGCAUACCCGAUUAAUCAGUAUCCUUGCAAGACCAAAGAAACCGCUGCAGUCAUGCACAUGAUCAUGAAUAACCUGGACCCUCGGGUAGCUCAGUUUCCCCAGGAACUCGUGACUUACGGAGGCAAUGGGCAGGUGUUCAGCAAUUGGGCUCAGUUCUGGCUGGUGAUGCAGUACCUGUCGGAGAUGACCGUGGAGCAGACACUGGUGAUGUGCAGUGGACACCCACAGGGCUUGUUCCCGAGCCACGUCAACGCCCCUAGGGUUGUCAUCACAAAUGGCAUGGUUGUCCCAAACUACUCUUCCAGGGAUGAAUAUGAGAAGAUGUUUGCAAUGGGCGUGACAAUGUAUGGGCAGAUGACUGCUGGGAGCUACUGCUACAUAGGGCCACAAGGAAUAGUCCACGGAACUGUGCUGACGGUGCUGAAUGCCGGCCGGCGCUACCUGGGGCUGGAUGACCUCAGCGGCAAAGUCUUUGUCACGUCGGGACUGGGUGGAAUGAGCGGAGCUCAGGCCAAGGCGGCCACCAUUGCCGGGUGUGUGGGGGUCAUCGCUGAGGUUGAUGAGAUUCCCCUGAAAAAACGUCAUCAACAAGGCUGGCUGAUGCAGAUCACCAACAAUCUGGACCAGUGUAUAGCUCAAAUCAGGGAGGCCAGAAAGAAGAACAUGACGCUUAGCCUGGGUUACCAUGGCAAUGUGGUGGACCUCUGGGAGAGGUUGGUGCAUGAGUAUGAAACCACUGGAGACCUUUUGGUGGACAUGGGCUCUGAUCAGACAUCCUGCCAUAAUCCAUUCAACGGAGGCUACUAUCCAGCUCAGCUUACGUUUGAGCAGGCCAAUGAGAUGAUGCACACUGACCCAGCGAGAUUCCGCAGCCUAGUACAGGAGAGUCUGAGACGCCAAGUGGAAGCUAUCAACAAACUGUCUGAGAAGGGAUUGUUUUUCUGGGACUAUGGCAAUGCCUUCCUGCUGGAAGCUAAAAGAGCUGGUGCUGACGUGGAAAAGACUGGAGGUGGAAAGAUAGAGUUCAAGUUCCCGUCUUAUGUCCAGCACAUAAUGGGGGAUAUUUUCUCCCUCGGAUUUGGACCCUUUCGUUGGGUCUGCACCUCGGGUGACCCGAGCGACUUGGCCAUGACAGACACCAUUGCCACCACAGUGCUCGAGGGCAUCAUCAGUAAAGGAGAGGUUAGCAGCUCAGUAAAGCAGCAGUAUUCUGACAACAUUCGCUGGAUCACUCAGGCUGGGAAACACAACAUGGUGGUGGGAUCCCAGGCUCGCAUCCUGUACUCGGAUCAGAAAGGACGUGUCUCAAUAGCACUCGCAAUAAACCGGGCGAUUGGGGCAGGCAAAAUCAAGGCUCCUGUGGUGAUCAGCCGCGAUCAUCAUGACGUCAGUGGAACGGACAGUCCCUUCCGAGAGACUUCCAAUAUUUACGAUGGGUCUGCGUUUUGCGCAGAUAUGGCCGUGCAGAACUUUGUCGGUGAUUCUUUCCGAGGAGCUACCUGGGUGGCUCUGCACAAUGGUGGGGGUGUGGGCUGGGGGGAGGUGAUUAACGGUGGCUUUGGCCUAGUCCUGGACGGCUCUAUGAAAUCUGAGGAGAGAGCUAAAAUGAUGCUGAAUUGGGACGUUUCCAAUGGGGUGGCUCGACGCUCCUGGUCUGGCAAUCCCAAGGCAUAUGAAACAAUUUGCAGAACAAUGAAUGAACACAGCACGCUGAGAGUGACGCUGCCUUACAGAGUGGAAGACGAGAAGAUCCUGGACAAAGCAUUGGGAAAGUAAUCGCUCGUCAAGCUCUCAAUAAACACAACACUUCCAGGAACCACAUAGCAUAAUUAAUCGGUUGAUGUCCAAACCUCAAAAAUUCUGUGUAUGAAAUUAAUGCAAAAAUUCAGAUGAAUUAAACCUGCAAGAACUUGCAGCUAGUGUUUAAAUGUAA